CGCGAGUUGAUAAGUAGUUGGCCGGUCUUCCCUAAUGGUCAUACCAUCAACCAACCAUGAUCGGAGACGAAGCAGCUCCGACACAGCGUUUUUAUGCGAUUCGUGUCGAUCGGCAGAAGAUUUAUCGCGAUUGUAGGUUUUCUGGAGGAAGUAGACGAUGCUUGGUAGGCUAUUUGGAAAGCCCAAGGAGCAGCCGAAUGCGUUGGCUACGCUGGAUAAACUGAAUGAGACACUUGAGAUGCUAGAGAAAAAAGAGAAAGUUCUUCUGAAGAAGAUGGCCACUGAGGUUGAGAAGGCCAAGGAAUUUACCAAAGUAAAGAACAAGAGAGCUGCUAUACAAUGCUUGAAAAGGAAAAGGCUAUAUGAACAAGAAGUUGAGCAGCUUGGGAACUUCCAGUUGCGGAUUCAUGAUCAGAUGAUAAUGUUGGAAGGUGCAAAAGCUACAACAGCGACUGUUGAUGCGAUGAGAGUUGGAACUGCAGCUCUGAAGGCUCUGCAGAAGGCAACUAAUAUUGACGAUGUUGACAAGACACUGAGUGAAAUUAAUGAGCAGACUGAAAACAUGAAACAGAUUCAGGAAGCAUUAUCUGCUCCAGUUGGACCUGCGACUGACUUUGAUGAAGAUGAACUGGAAGCAGAACUUGAAGAAUUGGAGGGUGCUGAGUUGGAAGAGCAGCUGCUUCAGCCAGCUACAACUGCUCCUCUUCCUCCAGUGCAUGUUCCUGCCUCUCCAUCUCCAACUCGGCCUGCUGACCAGAAAAAUACUACUGAAGAAGAUGAACUUGCAACAUUACAAGCUGAGAUGGCAAUGUAGGACGAAUGUGUGUAUGUCGAAAAGAUAAAGACUUUGCAAUUCAUGGUGAUAAAAUUGUUUGAUGGAACUCUUCUAGAAAAUCUACUCAUGGAAAACGUAUAGUAAGUCCAUGUUCAACUGAGGAGCCUGUGAAAAUAGACAAAUCUUUUUUCUUCUUUGCCUAUCUUAGUUUUUUCAGUGGAUAGUGACAACUUAGUUUGCUUCUAAUGUACACUGUACUUGGCAUGCUUAGUUUUGUUUACACACCAGGGCAUGGGUCUGACUGGUUGAUAAACUUUGAGCAAUUUUUGAAAUGUUACAGAUGCUAAAUCCUAUUUCAAUGAA